GAUUCCGACGAGUCGACGGUGAUAAUGGGCGUCCAGGUGGAGGAGUCCAAGAUCACCGCCAUGAUCGAGAAGGCCAAGUUCUACACCUCCGUCUGCAUGGGCACCACGGCGAUUCUCGCGGUCUUCGCCUUCCUGUUUCUGAUCCCGUUCGUCGUCGAGCCGGCGAUAUCCACCAUUCUGGCGGAUUACUCGCCGCACGCGGUCGCUUGCGUCACGACGGGUCACGUUUACGCGGAGGGGCUGAAGAAUUGCUCGUGGGCGAGUUGCAGGGAAGGUUGUACGAGUGCUGCGCUUCGUUGUCAUCAGAUCAGAGUCAACUACACGAAGCUCCCGUACGAGGAGUUCAUGGCGAAACCGCUGGGCUCGGUGCCGUGGGACGUCACGGAGACGAAAUUUUUCGUCAACACGGAGGGGUGCGGCUACCCGCCCACGGUCAACUGUUCCUCCUUCGCGAAAAAGUACGCUUACAAGAACAUGGGCAAGAUAUUUCCUUGUUACUACAGCAGAACGCAUCCGGAGACGGUUGUCGCAAGAUACUCGUGGGACGAGAAUCUGAGGCACUUGGUGCUGGCCUUGAUCGUGCCUAUAGUGCUGUUCGCCGCGACACUCGGCGUGCUGUGCUACUGGUACUGUCCGCCGAUAGGCAAGACAUGCGGUGGCCCUGGUCGCAAUCUCAUCGACAAGUAUGCUAGAAAGGAAGACAUCUUGGCAGAGGACGAGUUCGAAGAGGACGAAGAGGAAUACUGACUGCUACCAAGGGCUCACCCCCCGGCGCGGGAGUGAUCCCAGCGAAAUAUUCUCCGAAUGGCUCCAGCGUACUUUACUUUAUAAAUUUAAGCAAUCGCGUAAUAGCGCUUGAAACAAAUUCACGAAGAGCAGGAAAACGAGAGCCUCGCCUUCUUACGAGUUCACUUACUAAAAUCUUAUGCUUCAGACUACGCCCGAUUCUUUUUGUCCUCUAAAUCUGUUUCGGAUCGCGCUCUCAAUAAAUGAAACGUACGCCUAGGUUCACGCCAGUGGCAUGAAAAGAAUUUUCUCCUUUUCUCUUUCUAUCUCUCUUUUUCUCGGCAUUUCAGUGCACCAAAAUUAAUUGUCACGCACAUAAUUCGAAAGGUAAAGCGAUGGGUUUAGUAAUCAUUUGGAGAAUUGCUUGCGUGAUAAUUUUUACGAUAAACGAAUCUUAAAUUUACGAUGUAAAGUGGGCCGUGAAUACGAGAGCUCGGAUUUCUCAAUUAUCAGUAUUCUAUGCGAGUUUCGAGAAAGUGUAGUUCGAAACACACGGCAAUGCCAGGAGGGAAUAAUAUAUUAAUGAAAUUAAAUGAGAUACCGAUCACACAAAUUAAUUCAAUUAAUAUUUUAUGAUAGAGAUGCUAAUGUAUGCAAAACGCUAAUGCCCAUUAGAUUAUUCAGUAGCGUAGCUGCAUAUUCUAAAAUUGUAUGGACAUUGAUUGAAUCAUUGCAUGAAUAAUCGCGAGCAGAGCGGUUAUGGAAUAACAAACGGCUUCCGUGUGUUUCGAACUUAACUGUGAAAAAGGCGCGCCUUCCUACUUACGUGAUAAUUUAAGCAGAUAGUUUUUAAACGGCACAGAUUAGGUUUUACAGCAGCAUCGAGUCUAGACUAAGUUGUUUGGCCGUAUAUUUAUGACUGAA